AGAUAGGAGGAGUAUAAUAUAAUCAAAACCCAACCCAACCCAACCUUGUGUGUUUGUAUAAAAUACACAGACGCUCAGAGUCACCGCCCCUCAUUUCAUCUCUCACAGUCACUCACACUUGCACAUUACUCUCUCUCUCUCUCUGUAGAAAAAAGGAAAAAAAAGAAGCGAAAAUGAGAGAAAUUCUUCACAUUCAAGGCGGUCAAUGCGGAAACCAGAUCGGAGCAAAGUUCUGGGAAGUGAUAUGCGCAGAGCACGGGAUUGAUUCGACGGGGCGUUACCAAGGCGACACCGACAUUCAGUUGGAGCGAAUCAAUGUGUACUACAAUGAAGCCAGUUCUCAGAGGUAUGUUCCCAGGGCGGUGCUCAUGGAUCUGGAGCCUGGAACCAUGGACAGUCUCCGAUCUGGUCCGUACGGUCAGAUCUUCAGGCCUGAUAACUUUGUUUUCGGCCAGUCCGGUGCGGGUAAUAACUGGGCGAAGGGUCACUACACUGAAGGCGCUGAGCUGAUUGACUCUGUCCUUGAUGUUGUCAGAAAGGAAGCUGAGAAUUGUGACUGUCUUCAAGGGUUUCAGGUGUGUCAUUCACUCGGAGGAGGAACUGGAUCUGGAAUGGGCACACUUCUGAUUUCAAAAAUCAGAGAGGAGUAUCCUGAUCGUAUGAUGCUUACGUUCUCAGUUUUCCCAUCGCCUAAGGUUUCUGAUACCGUGGUUGAGCCUUACAAUGCCACUCUUUCUGUCCAUCAACUUGUUGAAAAUGCUGAUGAGUGCAUGGUUCUUGACAACGAGGCCUUGUAUGACAUUUGCUUCCGUACCUUGAAGCUAACCACACCUAGCUUUGGUGAUCUAAACCACUUGAUAUCGGCCACAAUGUCUGGUGUUACAUGUUGCUUGCGCUUCCCUGGUCAGUUGAACUCUGACCUCAGGAAGCUGGCUGUCAAUUUAAUCCCCUUCCCUAGGCUGCAUUUCUUUAUGGUGGGUUUUGCACCUCUUACAUCCCGUGGUUCCCAACAGUAUCGUGCUUUGAGUGUGCCUGAGCUUACCCAGCAGAUGUGGGAUUCUAAGAACAUGAUGUGCGCAGCUGAUCCCCGCCAUGGUAGAUACUUGACUGCUUCUGCUGUGUUCAGAGGAAAGAUGAGCACCAAAGAGGUUGAUGAGCAGAUGAUCAACGUUCAGAACAAGAACUCAUCUUACUUUGUUGAAUGGAUCCCGAACAAUGUCAAGUCAACUGUUUGUGACAUCCCACCCACUGGCUUGAAAAUGGCUUCUACUUUUAUUGGGAACUCGACUUCAAUUCAAGAGAUGUUCAGGCGUGUGAGUGAGCAAUUCACAGCUAUGUUCAGGAGAAAGGCCUUUUUGCAUUGGUAUACAGGUGAAGGUAUGGACGAGAUGGAAUUCACAGAGGCUGAAAGCAAUAUGAAUGAUCUUGUGUCUGAGUAUCAGCAGUACCAGGAUGCAACUGCUGAUGAGGAGGGGGACUAUUUUGAAGACGAAGAAGAGGAAGGGCAAGAAAUGUAAGGUGUGUUCUGCCAUGAGUGUACUGUGUGAAUUGCUGAGUAUGUAGGAUGCUGCAACUGUGUGUUGCCUUUUGGGAACAAUAUUCACUCUUCUGUAGCUGUUGUCUGUCUAGCUAUUAUCUUGUGGUUUGUUUAAAUUUGUCAAAAGACGGUUUGCCAGAAUCUCGUUAAGAAUUUUAGUUGGCUUUGUUAUUAUAUCCGGUUCUAUUUGCAGA